GUUCCUGAAGGGGAUCCGCCGCCAUCUCAGGUCUCUCAGCUUUGCCUGGGCCCAUCGGAGAAAACUGUCGCUCGGGUCCUAUAACACUUAUGGGGGACCAACCUUGUGCCUCCGGGAGAUCCACACUCCCACCCGGGAACACGCGGGAAGCCAAGCCUCCCAAAAAGCGCUGCCUUCUCGCUCCGCGGUGGGAUUAUCCGGAAGGAACUCCCAACGGCGGUAGUACCGAUCUUCCCUCCGCUCCUCCUCCCGCAUCUGCCGGCCUGAAGUCGCACCCUCUUCCUCCGGAGAAGUAGUGAAAUAUACAUUUCCCACCCGAAACCAGUCUUUGAAGGAUUGCAGUAUGACUCCAUUUCCUUGGUGCAUUCGUAAAAUAGUUCACCCAAUGAAGACAAUGAAGAUUAUUUACACUGCUACCCUGCUUUUUCUGAUGUUCUGCACCUGGCAGUUGUGAUUUCCAAGCUCUAGGGGAGAAUCUGUAUCCUGCCUAUUCAGUUGUCGGCAGAUCCCAGUUCCUUGCAACUAUAGAUCCGGAUGCUGUUUCUUUGCUGGUUGUCAGCUGAGGGCUGUUCCUGUCUUCUAGAGGCCACCUGCAUUCCUUGGUUUAUGGACCCUUUUCACCAUCUUCAAAGCCAACUAUAACAGAUAUACAUGACUGUAGAGUGUAUUUUGACAUAUCAUAUAUACAUGGAGUUGACAACUUGAUUUUAAUCAAGACCUGGAGAAGAGAUAGUCUGCAAUCAAGCUGGAAAGGACCUUACCAAGUGCUCCUGAUCACUGGGAUGGCUAUCUGAACUGCUAAAAAGGGGAAAACUUAUUACCAGGUGUGAUUUCCAACUCUAAAAGUUUAUGUCCAGGAUAGAUGACAAUACUUUUGGUGCAAUGAAAAUGAAACCAAAAGGUAUAAAAAGAAAAACGGGAUUUGUGAGAAAUAGUCUGGUGGUUCAUUUUCCAAAUGUACUAUUUAGCCUUAAUUGGAUUCAAUUGUAGACUUCCCUUUUGUCUGCCCUAAUUCUAUUAUUAGCUAAUCAAGUAGAUUGUACCUUUGAAUUCUUCCUAUCAGGAUUGAGAGGCAGUACCUGAUUGGGGAUAAAUGUUAGUGGACUGCCCACCCAGGUGUGCUUGCUUGUAGGAUUCCCUUUGAGAGCGCACCAUUCUGCAGAAAUCACUUUGCCUGAUCUACCCACUUUUGAUCAUGUGUUUGUUUUCUUA